GAUUUAUCCCCCGCCCUCCCCUCCCCCCACCACCUCCCUUCUCGUUGAGAGUUUCUUCUCGCCCUCUCUAUCCGCUCCUCGCGAGCGAUGGUUGGCGACCUCUCCCUCCUCGCCUCCGCCUCCGCCUCCCCCGUCAUCCUCGCGCCCUCCAAGGAGCUCCAUGGCGUCCUGCCGUUCCAGGGGAAGAGGUCCCAGCAGGACGCGGGGAGAAGCGCCGCCGUGCAGCUCUCCCCGCAGCAGCACCUCCUCGAGGGCGCCUACCAGGCGCAGCAGCCCCUGCAGAUGAUGGUCCCCGGGAUCGGCCAGGCUGCCGCCGCUGCCUACCAGACCUUCGACAGCGCCGCGCUCAUCGACGUGCAAGCUGUGGCCGCGGUGGCGGUGCUCCUGGCGGCGUUGGCGUGCCUCCUCCGGCCAGCUGCCGCCGUGGAACCGAGCGGCCAUGCCGCGGACCGCAUAGCCCGGCUGCCCGGGCAGCCGGCGGUAGACUUCGACAUGUACUCCGGGUACAUCACGGUGGACGAGGGCGCCGGACGGGCGCUGUUCUAUCUGCUGCAGGAGGCGCCGGAGGACGUCCAGCCGGCGCCGCUCGUGCUGUGGCUCAACGGCGGCCCCGGCUGCUCCUCCGUCGCGUACGGCGCGUCGGAGGAGCUCGGCGCGUUCCGCGUCACGCCCCGCGGCGCCGGUCUCGUCCUCAACGAGCACCGCUGGAACAAAGUGGCCAACGUGCUGUUCCUGGACUCGCCGGCCGGCGUGGGGUUCUCCUACACCAACACCACCUCCGACAUCUACACCUCCGGCGACAACAGGACGGCGCACGACUCGUACGCCUUCCUGGCGAAGUGGCUCGAGAGGUUCCCGCACUACAAGUACCGCGACGUCUACAUCGCCGGCGAGAGCUACGCGGGGCACUACGUCCCGGAGCUGUCGCAGCUGGUCCACCGGACGAGCAACCCGGCCAUCAACUUCAAGGGCUUCAUGGUCGGCAACGGCCUCAUCGACGACUACCACGACUACGUGGGCACCUUCGAGUUCUGGUGGAACCACGGGCUCGUCUCCGACGACACCUACCAACGCCUCAGGGAGGCCUGCCUCCACGACUCCUUCAUCCACCCCUCGCCGGCGUGCGACGCCGCCACGGACGUCGCCACGGCGGAGCAGGGCAACAUCGACAUGUACAGCCUCUACACGCCCGUCUGCAACAUCACCUCGUCGUCCUCCUCCUUGAGCCAGCAACGGCGGUCCAGAGGGCGCUACCCAUGGCUGACCGGAUCGUACGACCCGUGCACGGAGCGGUACUCGACGGCGUACUACAACCGGCGGGACGUGCAGACAGCCCUCCACGCCAACGUCACCGGCGCUAUGAACUACACGUGGUCGACGUGCAGCGACACCAUUAAUACCCACUGGCAUGAUGCUCCGAGGUCCAUGCUUCCCAUUUACAGGGAGCUUAUUGCAGCUGGCCUAAGGAUUUGGGUCUUCAGCGGGGACACGGAUGCGGUAGUCCCCUUGACAGCGACGAGGUACUCCAUCGGCGCUCUGGGUCUUCCAACUACCACCAGUUGGUACCCUUGGUAUGACGACCAGGAGGUUGGCGGUUGGAGCCAGGUGUACAAGGGUCUUACGCUGGUCUCCAUCAGAGGCGCGGGCCACGAGGUUCCUCUGCACCGACCGCGGCAAGCGCUCGUACUGUUUCAGUACUUCCUGCAGGGCAAGCCCAUGCCAGGCCAGGCCACAAAUGCGACGGUGGCUUAGCAACAAACAAAGGGAUGGAAGUCAAAUAGUAAUUUCGAUGUGGAAAAACAAGAGUGAUCAUCAAUAAAGCAAUAGAUGCUUCUCAAGUA